AUGACGGAGCCUGCGGAGACCCAACUGGUUAUUAUUCAUAGUCAUGGAAAAAGAUGCUUUAUAAAUGGCAUUCCAGUCAGGGACCCUCAAUCUUUUCUAAACAGGAAAAGAUUACUUGCAGCAUAUAAUAGUCUUACGGAUAAACACUUGGCUGGAUAUUUUAACAAUACAAGGAUAAGGCGGCAUCUCUUGAGAUCAGGGCUGAUCACAAGAAAUGGAAGAAUACUUUCAGAAAAGGAAUACAAACUAAAUAUCAUGAAGAGGGAUCACCAAAAGUAUAUCCGCGAGUGCUUGGCCCAGGCUAUUUUCCAUAAGGUUCUUGAAAUGGAGCGUUACCAUCAGCUUGAAAUUAAAAAGAAACUGGAGACAUUAGCUAGAAAGGAGCGAAUUCAGAGAUUUAAGGGAGAGCACACAAGAUGGACUAUGGAAAAUAACAUGCCAAUCCUGUCUCCCCAUCCCCCAGUUGGCCCCAAGACUAACCGUGGCCAUAGUGUUCUGGUUGAUGAAGGACAUUCCAGUCCAGUAGCACCGACAGCCCCUCGACCAUACACUGCCCCAGGAAAUAUGCAGCCUCCAAUUCGAUUACAACCUCUUCCCAGUAAUCCUGCAGUAGGAACUGCUCCAAAGGUAACUUCGGGGUCCAGAUCAAAAACCUCACUGCUGGAAAAUGAAGCUCCGUUUUCCACUGGGGGCAAGAAGGCAGUGAUGAAGUUCAGGAACUCCAUGGACAAUUCACAGGGAAUGAAUCGAUAUCAAUUUCCAGACAUUAACUGUUAUAUGAUGCCUAUUCCUCCUCCACUUCCUCCCCCCAGUGGAAAAAUCACAAGGGAAAGUAGACCUGAAACAUGGAGAAGGAGAAGAUUUCGUCCAACCACUGCUCCAAAUGGCUUAGAACCUCUCUUUACCAGGGAUCCAAGAAGGAUUCAUAAAACACCACUGCAUAGUAAUGCAGCUAUUACAAUGAUCUAUUUGGGGAAAAAUGUGCACCUAGCUUAUGAUCACUCAGACUUCCGGGAUGAAAUAAAAGUUUAUCAACAGCAUUGUGGUGGGGAAAACCUGUGUGUCUACACAGGCAAACUACUUGAAAAAGAGACCUUUCAGUUUAUUUCCAAAAGGCACCAUGGUUUCCCCUUCAGUCUCACCUUUUUCCUGAAUGGGAUACAGGUGAACAGGUUAAGCUCCUGCUGUGAAUAUAAGCAUCGAAAAGGUUCCAGACUUGGAGGCAAACGAGGCUACUUUGGGUUUGUGUGUGUCGAGAGAUCAUCUCCUUGCUACAAGUGCAUUAUUGCAAUGGGCCUUGACAAAAAAACAACUUCACCAAAACCUAGGAAAGAAAAGAGUAUUGAGAAAAGGGAGGGACUGAAGAAGGGUGAGGGGAAACUGAGAAAGGAUAGAGAGUACCUGAUACCAAGACGGAGAGAGAUGGAGGGAAGCAAGACCUCAGCUUCAGUCAUUUUUUCAGCUCAAGAACUACAUACAGGGAGCAGCGAGGUGAGAACUGCUGUCGAAGAGAUGAAACAUAAAGAAAAGCCAGGACAAGAUGUCUGGGAAGAUGACCAAGAAAACAUAUUUAAAUACGAAUAUGAAGAAGAUUUCGAAGCAGACGAGGAGAAACAAGAUGAGAAAGCUGAUGGAGAAGGACAGGCUGAUGAUCAAGUGAAUGAAAUGUCAAAGUCACCCUCAGAUGAUGAAAAAGAUCUUUUAAACCCUGAAAAGGAGAGUGAAACCUCGUUGUGGAAGGCACCAGAUGCUGAUGACACAGUGAAAGAUGAGGGUGAUGGGUGCUCUGAGAGUGACUCCGAAGAGGAUAAAGAUAUAAAAACUGCUUCAUCAACCUCAUCCAGAAGUCACCCAUAUUCUAGUUGCAGUGAAGAUGAAUCUGCACUGGGGGACAGGGAAUCCCAUGCUGAAAACAGUCCAAACAAAAGUGUCAGAAGUGCAUCUUCUCAAGAGUUGAGUGAAAAUGAUGAGCCGGGAAAAACCUACCUCCCAAUUGAGGAUUCUCUGGAAAUCGAAGACCGAGAAAUAAUGAAAGCAGAUGUGGAGACCAAGCCUCUGCCAAUAGAGGAAAACUUGGAGAAUGUUCUUGAAGAUGAAGCAGAGAAAGGAACCCAAGUGAUUGCAGAGGGCUUAGCUGAGAAGUCCAGGGAACAUGUUUCCAGGGAAGAAAAGGAAAAGAGUAAGAGUAAGCUUUGGGAAGGAAGCACUGCUAAGGUGAAGGACAAAAAGGCAGGUCCCCAUAGGGUGGAUAAAGGUGUUGGACAGCUAGUAGCUGAAGCGGUGGACCCUGGCCACCACUGCCACUAUGACUCUGAGGCUGGUGUUAGCAGCACAGACGGAGAAGAGAGGCACUCGAGGAAGCUGGAGAUUGACACAGGUGCAGCACCGAAUAGGAAUUUAGUGGUGGAGGAAAGGGCAGCACUCAGCUUAAACAAGGAAUCCAAGGAAGCCACAUCAGAAGAGCAUAAACUGGAGAAGAAAGAAGCAGUGGAGGGAGAUGAAGGUCCCCAAUACAGAGAUGCUGACACAGAAGAAAAAGGGGAUGCAGCACUGUGGGGAAAAGCAGGGGUUAAUGAGGUUCCCCUGGGGCAGUGGACACCAACAGUAGAGCAGCCUGCAUUAGAAGGGCCGUUUACAGAGGAAAGAGAGCUCCCUCAGGGUGGAACAAGUAGGGCAGGGGCAGAAGCAGAAGGGGGUAGAAGGCAAGAUGAAGAGGUGUUAGACUCCAGAGGACAAAGGGCAGCAAGAGACUCUGGAGGUCUGAAGGAAGGUACGUCUUCCGAGGAGCAGGCCUUGGUGCAAACACCACUGGAGGCGGAGAAGGCAGCUUCUGGCGGGGAGCAGGGUGUGGGGCACUCAGUGCUUGUAAGCCAGGCAGUGGCCCUGAGAGAGGCGGUGAGGCCAGAGAAGGGAGAGUCUGAGAGAGUGGCUGUGAGCGAGGCCAGGUCUGCAAAGCCAGGUGUGGAGGACAGUGAAGAGGAAGCAUCCACAGACCUAGAGGACGCUGGACCCGUGGAAGAUGCUGCAUCCGACAGAGAGGAGGGUUUAGAAGAGGCAACACUUGGGGGAGAGGAGCCAGCCGAAGACAGGGAGGCUGUUGUGAGAACAGAAACACCUUUGAGCUCCUCGACUUCUGAGAAGGCCGAGGCAACUCGGAUGGGGGUUUCGGAGGACAGCCUGGAAGAACUUUGUAAGGACCAUGUGGAAAGGGAGGAGGCUGAGACGGAGUCAGAGUCUAAUAAGGAAGAUGAGAGGAAAGAAAGGUUACCCAAGGAAUUAGAUGCAGCGAGAGAAAGGAAAGCUGAGAGGCCAAAAACACCUCCGGGGGAAACUGAAUCUGAGAGAGAAGAGGUGACAAGGGCAAAAGUGCUUCAGGAUGAAGACACUUUAGAAGAAGAGCAAAAGUUUAAAGGGGAAAACGGGGAACUCAUGAAGGAGGUAAGAACCAAGGAAGAGACGCGAUCCCCCCACGAUGACAAGGAACAUGGUGCUGAGGUUGAAGCUGCCACGGGGGCACCUGAAACGACUGAAGACCCAGGACCACGAGGAGAGGAUUCACGGAGAGAGACAGAGGUGACCAUGUUUGAAGCAGCCCCUGGGUUUGAAAAGUCCCUGGAAAACAUAACAGUUUGGAAGAAAGAAGGAGAAGGAGAAAGACUGAGAGAAGCCAGAGACACAGGGCAUAGAGGCAGAGCAGAGGGGAUCCUGGGGGAGGGGCCGGGCCCUGCAGGAGAGGGGGUGUCAGGAGCCCCCGAAAGCGAGCCUGUAGAGAGGGCGCAGACUCCCGGGGCUGCGGGCGAGGCCCAGGGAUGUGCAGACAGAGAUCAAGACAGCCUGAUGGGCUGGGAGGGGGGAGAUAAAGAAGGGCCUUUACAGGGGCCAGAGGGAGUGGCCGUCACAGCCAUGACCCAAGAAGAUGUUCCUGAGGGAGAUUCCAUGAUGGCAGUGAAGUUAAGUGAAGAAGUGAUGGAUGAGGACCCAGAGGAGGGGGCGGAUGAAGAGGGCAUCGUGGGGCCAGGAGUGAAGAACCGGGAUACCGAGGGGGACGGGAGCUUGCAGGGCAUAGUUGUGGCUGCAGAAGAUCUUGUUCAAGGAGGAGGAGGGGCAGAAACAGCCACAGAGGCAGAGGUGUUGGCAGGUUCAAAGACAGCUGAGGGGAAAACAGAAGCGAAUAAAGGCGCCUCCUUUUCAGAUGUUACUGGCGAGGAAAGCUGGCACAAAGUUGGUGAGACGCUAGGAGAAACAGCAGCUGCAGAGAAGGUGGCUGUAGAGGAAAUAGCGCUGAGCAGGGAGGAGGUGCCAGCGGUGGAGGAGCUGACCGCGAGUUGGGUGCUGGAGGCUGAGGUCGAGGCUCCAGGGAAAACUUCUGACCUGGAAGGGAAGGCCCCACAGCCAGGGCCAGCUCGGGAGGGUGAGGAAGCUGACACCAUGCAGGAGGCAGGGUCUGUGGGGAGUCGGGGGCAGCUGAAGAAUUCAGACCGGGAUUAUCCCAAAAGAGAGGGUCAGAGCCCAGGAGAGAGAGUCCACAAGACGCAGAAACACUCCCUGGAAAGCCCGAUUGCUCAGAAACCCAAGAGAAGCAAGAGCGUGCAGUGCAGAGAGGAAGUGAGGACCCAGAUGUUUCCCUGAACAACGGGAAAGCCUGAGACUUUGUGGCUGACGGAUAUUUUCAAGACAUC